GAGUAUAAGAAUUUGACUGCUAUAACCCGUGUUUCCACAGGACUUAAUCAGGCCUGGAACACUAUGUUAUACGGCGAGAACACCUGGCUUCUGGACCUCUCCACGCCCGUUCAUCGCUAUCCCGAGAUUGAGAUCGAUGAGGCGUGGAACAAGACGCACCACAUCUACGACCCAGGUGCGGACAACACACCUCAGAAUCCGGACCCUCCGACUGGUUUCACUGCUGCGUGGCCGAGCGUGGAGUACUCCAACAGCCUAGAUGCAGCAGCAUGGCCGCUGACUCACCGUACCGCAAGGUUUGCGCGAGACCUAGUUAUAUCGGAGGCAAUAGACGGACGAAUCGAUUAUUGUGGUCUACCAUUGCCUGAUUACGAGUCUGAGCAUGCACUCGCGCUCGAAACACGGGUGAAUAUCGUGAUGGAUGCAUUCAUAGGCGCACAAGACAGCAGCGAUGGCCAGGGUCUGGCACCACAUUCCCUUCGUCGGCUUCUAGUCCAAAUCGCCGACAGCUCGCAGGGGCCUCAAUGGCUCCUAGGACACCAACCUAAUGAGGUUAUUUGGGAUCAUGCUCAGUCGACUGACCGACGCCUCCGGCUGUCUGUGGCUCUCGAAUAGAAAUACUCAGAUGAUCCACAGUUUCAUCCGUCAGCGAACAGCUUAUGGGAUGCAUUUCGUCGAUUGAAACAUGUUGACAAAGUUGAAGUAGCUGGUGCAAUAUCUGCUGAGAUGGCGCAAGAGCUGAUCUCAAGUCUGACAGACUCGAAGACUGAGGGGUUUGAGACUUGAAAAGAUAUUGAUCAACACUUCUCGUAUCCUGUGUGCCGCGUGCACAGGGUACACUUAUCUGUUGGAGUGGCCGG